AAGCGGGGUUGGGCUGGGGCUGGCCGGAGCAGCCGCUUCCGGCGGGCAGAGGGUCCCUACGGCGCCGUGUCCCAGGGCGCGCACGGGCCCGUUUGCUCCCCGCGGCCCGGUCCGAGAGCCGGCAGCGGGAGCCGGGAAGUCCUGCGCUGCCCGGGCUUGACUGAGGCUGCGUAAGAAGUCACGUCCGGCCCGGUAGCAGGGAUUGCUCUUCCGUAACGCUACCUUUACUUUGUAUAGGCGUUUAAAGAUGAAUUCCAAGACCGCCAAAGAGAUAAUUAUUGGCAAGUGGGGCUUAAAGUCUGGUAGCUCCAGACGCGAGAGUGAUCUCGAGAAGUAUAAGCAGGAGAACGCUGCCCUGAGAAAAUCAAUGGAGGAAGUCGUUAAAGGGAAAGACAAAAUGACCGACGCGGAAAGGAACGGGCUCCUAGAGAAAAUACUUUCCCUUGAAAAAGAAAAUCACAACCGCCUGCUUGGAGAGAAGGACAAAGAAAUCCAAAAUCUGAAAGAUAAGCUUAGGUCAAAAAACAAGAAUAGUGAAGUCUCCUUAUUACAAAGUCAACUAGAGGAAAAAACAAAGGAAGCAGAAAGGAGAGAACAGUUACUUUGUUCUCUAUCAGAAGAAAUGAACCAGUUAAAAUGUAAUUUAUCCAGUGUUACUGCAAAAUGUUCUGAGCUUGAAAACAGAGCCAGUACUUCUCAGGCAUCCCAGGAACUCGUAACAAACAGCACUGGAUCAUCAACUAAUCUUUAUGAAGUUGAAAAACAACUGAAAGAUGCUCUUGAGAAAAACCAACAGUGGCUACUGUAUGACCAGCAACGUGAAGCAUAUGUCAGGGGCCUGCUUGGAAGGAUCUUUGAACUUGAACAGAAGUCAGAAACAGUUAGUAAACAAGAAUCUAAAGAAUUCAAUUCAGAAGGUCAUCUACAAGAGGAAAAGCAAAAAUACUAUGACCAGCUGUUACUAACUGCUAAGAGCGAUCUUGAGACUGAAAGACGCACUAUAACCCAGCUGCGAUCUGAACUUAACGAAUUCAAAAAGAAGUAUGAAGAAACACGAAGAGAAAUAACAACGUUAAAUGCCUUACUGCAGUCACAACAGGUUGCUGAAAUGAAGACUCUAGAAAAUGAAAAUAAAAUUAAAGGAGAGAAAGUGCAGAGACUAAAACAAGAAAAUGAAACUAUUAAAGGACAGCUCAAAGAAGAAAAGAAAAAGUCUGAAGAUCUUUUAUGUCAGGUGCAACUUCUUCGCAAAUCAUUGCUCAAACAGCAGGAGGAACACACUAGGAUAGCUUUGUUGGAACAACAGAUCCAGAUAUGCACCACAGAUUUUGAAAAUGAAAAGCUUGAUCGCGAGAACUUGCAGCAUCAGUUAAACAAAGUCCUUAAGGAACUGCGCAAGGCCAGGGAGCAAAUAACCCGUCUGGAACCUCUGAAACUCCAGGAAUCUGGACGUAUGGAGCCACAAGAAGAUUUGCAAGCUGUGUUUGAAGAGAAGCUGACCAUGUAUGACAGAAGUCCUUCCCUGAAACAUUCAAACCUUCUUGAUGAAAGUUUUCUCGAGUGUCCCAGAUGUAAAGUGCAGUAUCCAACAAGCCAGCAUAGAGAAUUACUAGCACAUAUUGACUUCUGUACAGCUUGAGCUCCAAAUGGACUUACUGUAUUUGCUUUAUACACACUGCCAACGUGCUUUUCUACAAAGGCAAAAGAUCUUUUUAAAGCUUUUUUCUUAAGGUUGUAUGAAGGACUACUAGUUUUAUAUUCAGUACCACAAAAACAUUAUAGUUAUUUAUUUGGCCUCAAAUAUUUUACCCGAUGUUUUUGCAAAAAGCAGCUACUGCAUUUUUGGUUGCAAAUGGAAAUAUUUUUAGAAUUAGGAAUAUCUUCAAAUAGUAAACUACUGACUUAUUUUUUUGCACUAUUAAAAAUGAGAACAGUAAAAGCA